AUGACAGUCCCUCAAUCAUCUUCCAAGGAUGCUCCAAGUCCCCCGGAAACAGUCUUAGUGACAGGAGGUUCCGGCUUCCUGGCAUCCCAUGUCGUCCGCGAGCUAUUACGACAAGGCUAUUCCGUGCGAGUGACUGUUAGAUCCGAGGCUAUGGUAAAGAAAGUGCUCCAAGCGCAUGCUCCAGAUAGUCAACGGCUCUCAUACGUUCUCGUUCCAGACAUGACCGUCCCGGGUGCGUACGACACGGCUGUGCAAGGUGUCACCGGGGUAUUUCAUAUAUCUUCGCCCUAUACAUUUACCACGACAGACAACGCCAACGACCUUCUCAUCCCAGCCAUAUCCGGGACUCGCGGUAUCUUGCAGUCCAUUAAAAAACACGGCCCAGAUGUCAAGCGGGUUGUGUUGACGUCGUCCGGAGCCGCGAUGAUCGAUCCGAUUCGUGGCUUCGACCGUGAUCAUCUUUAUACCGAAGAUGACUGGGCCAAAACAACCUGGGAUGAGGCAGUCAAGGGGUCGGGAGUUGUCGGAUAUGUUGCUAGCAAGCAGUUUGCUGAGAGGACGGCAUGGGAUUUCAUGGAAAACGAGCAGCCUUCUUUCGACCUCGUUGCUAUUUGUCCUCCGAUGAUCUUCGGUCCGAUUAUCAUCCCUACCAGCGAUAUAUCCGCCAACCCCUCUCUUGCCUCUGUGUACGAACUCAUGGAUGCAAAGUUAGAAUCCCCGGGAGAGACGCCUUUCCCUUUCUGUGUUGAUGUCAGAGAUGCGGCUAAAGCUCAUGUCAGAGCUUACGAAACAGCUAUCGCCUCUAAUCAGAGAUAUCUGACUGUGUCCAGCACUUACUCUCAGCAGCAGUUUGUUGAUAUCAUGAGGAAACACUUCCCCUCUCUUGAGGGGCGCCUCCCUGCUGGAAGGACUGAGGAGGGUGAGGCAGCUGGUGGGGAUAACAGAAAGUCGAUUAGAGACCUUGGGUUUGCCCCGAGGGGCCUUGAGGAGAUGGUCGUGGACACUGUGAAUCGGUUGUUGGAAAUUGAGAAUAUUGGACACAGAACUAUUAGGUAA